UCAUCACGGAAUGUUAACGCAGACAUGGUACAGCUGAACUACACCACAUCAAAUAUCGAUAUAAACUCUAGAUAUAAGUAAGAUUUCAUCACCCGAGGAGCUUUCAUACAGUUUUACACCCUCUCUCUACAGGUUGACAGGCAGGAGUUCUCUUUUCUAUUGGCAGAGUGAUAUGAUGAUCCCGUUUAGAUUCUGGGUGCUCAUCUAUGUAUGUGUUUUUAUUUGUAAUGGAUCUUUAAAUCCCGUGGAGGCUUUUAAAUGCAAAAUAGGUGAGAGGAUGAGUCGAGGAAAAAAGGAACAGUGUGAACCGUGCCCCGACGAGAACUUCCAGGCAGUACCAAAUGAAUCUCUGCAAUGUCAACCCUGCUACUCCUGCAAUGAGAGUUCUGGGAGUGAGGUAAUAUCAAAGUGCACAAAGACUUCUAAUACUAAGUGUCAGUGUCGUGGAGGAUUCACUAACAGAGACAAAGACUCUACCAUAUGCAAGUGUGCCGUGGGUUCUGGGUUGGAUACAUCAGGUAUAAUACUCAAAUGCCGUGAAUGUGAGCAUGGAUUCUUUACCACCGACAAGGACUCUACGUGUGCGAAAUGGCGAGAAUGUAAGAGUGGAGUGAAGACUUCAGGGACUACGAUGGCAGAUGUCGUCUGUAAUGAAGAGUCAGAGUCAGACGGGAAGACCCUCCCCUCCAUGCAGCCCACUUCCCCCUCUGGCUCUAUCCAGACUGUGUCUAAGUCCUUGAUCCAGAACCAGAGCCAAGGGUCAUCUCGUCAUCCCGAUGUCCCCACUCUAACACCAGCCGUCACUGGUCCCAAGUCCACAACGGCAGACUAUGGCCAAGUAAUGCCACUCAUUGGAAUUGUUCUGCUGCUUACUUUUCUACUUACCGCUGUGACCUGCAACCUGGUCAUCAUUCCUUGCAUCAAGAACUACAAGAACCCGGGUGUCAAAACAGCCCAGGACUCAAUGUGCCGGAGGCCAGUUGAAGAAAGUGGGGACAGCAGUCUCUCCUCCCUGGUGAAAACACCAAGCUUGGGGGAGCCAUGAUGGAAAAACAUAGUCUGAUCUGUCUGUCAAAAUGCUGCAAUUAUUCUCAAUGCUACUCAGAAUAAAUGUAUUUUAAACCAGAAACAACUUCAAACACCUGUUUGAAAAUGAAAAAAUAUGGUCAAUAUUUGAUUCCCAUGUAAUCUGUUAUUAUGGAAAAGCAUGUUAGGUGGGCCUAUUACUUUGCCUUGCCUCCUUAUCCACAAAAUGGUUGUUCUUUGCUGCUCUGGGAGAUCCGCAUGAUGUUAUUGUCACAAAUGGGCUACUGACAAACUUCUGAGAAAUAGGCCUACUACUUCCUUCCUGUGUCUGGUUAAGAUUUAGAAGAAAGAUAAUGUGACAACAAUGCCAGUCUGGCAAAAUAAUGUGAAAUCUUGUACAAUGUGCAUUGUGUUAAAUUUGGUUGUCGUUUAUGUCUUGCAAAGUAAACCUUUGAACAUUUCACACGA